AUGCUAGCGGAGGCCAGUUUUCUCGAGGAAACGGACGAAACCCCUACCAUCUGUCCCUGUUUGGUUCCCUAUUCGCCUAGGACCUUGUUAGACAGCAUCGAGGGUUCCAACUUCUCUGUCCUAGCCCCUCUAGGUCAUCUAUCAUUUCAAGGUCUGCUUUGUCUUUCGGAUCACGGAACGGUUGGAGCUUGUGUCUACAGACAUGACGUCAAAUCCUGGUGGGGUCAUGGCUCUACUGGCCCGAUGAUGCCUGCUACGAGCCCGACUGAAUAUAUGACGAUUCCACAUGCAACAAUCGAUCUCGGUUCGGGCCCUAUUGCAGCUCAACAUGUAGCUUACCCUUACGCUACGGACCCUUAUUAUGGCAACAUCGUCACGUUUGGCUCUCAGGCACUGAUGGCUCCACUUGUGGGUAUACAGCAACAGACACGAAUGCCAUUACCAUCAGAGAUUGUGGAGGAGGAGCCUGUUUAUGUCAACGCAAAGCAGUAUCAUGGUAUAUUGCGUCGUCGCCAAGCCCGUGCUAAAGCAGAAGCCGAGAAUCGUUUGGUGAAGGCUCGGAAGCCUUACUUGCAUGAGUCUCGACACAAGCAUGCACUUAGACGGGCGAGAGGUUGUGGUGGACGCUUUCUCAACACUAAGCAGCUCGAGGAAGCUGCGAAGGCACAGGCACAAGCACAAUCAGGUCAAGGCUCAGGAGAGCAGCCAGGGAAUGGUGAAGAAAAGGAGGUCAAGCCAGAGCAGAACGGAAGAACGAGCGGAAAUCCUGGCAGUGAGAGUGAUGUCCACAGGGUUUCAGCUAGCAGCGAAGAGGAGCAAGGAUUGGACACUGGCAAGGGAGCUGAGGGAUCCAACAAUGUUCUUCAGUUAGUUGCGGCUGGACACAACACCAAUGGAACUGGCUUGCAAACUGCCGAGGGCACAACUGUUCUUGGUGAAGCUGGAGAAGCUAAUCAUGCUGGGAACAGCACUACUGUGCCAAAUGCCAAUAAUGUGCAAACUCAGCAUGGUGAUAGUGCAGCAGCAGCAGCAGCAGCAGCUUCAAAUGCACGGUAUCUAGAAUUUACAACGCUGGCGUCAGGACGUGGAGCCACCAAAUCAGAGACGGAUUCUGUUAGUCACUCCGUUCGCGCUCGCCCGCGCAAUCGUCUCCCCAUGUCCGACUGGGCCGCGCUCUCUUUGGACGAGUCCAAUCGCCGUCCGCUCGGCUAUCUCCGCGAUCCGCGCAACCGUCGCACCAUCCUCAUGGGUGCCGCAAUCGUCGGCGUCGUGCUGCUCGGAGCGCUUCUCAUCUUCGCCUCCACCUCGGCCGCGUCCAGCGGAAAUGGCGGCGCUCUUUCCGGCGAGCUGGCGAACGCGCUGCGCGAUGUCGUGGAGCCGUUUAAACAGGAGGUGGAUUUGACUGUGUCGUUCAGCGGCCGGCAGCUUCUUGACGGCGUGCGGGUAUCUCAGUCGGAAGGCGCCGUGCCGCCGGCUGUGGUGAUUUCGGCGCUUCCUAACAGGGAGCUUGAUCCGAGCAGCCAUUACACCCUUGUGCUCGUGGACCCUGACGCGCCCAGCCCAUCCAAUCCGACCGCGCGCGAGUGGCUGCACUGGAUUCUUGUGGAUAUUCCCGUCGAUGGCAGUGGGGGUACAGGUCGUGUGGUGACACCGUACAACGGCCCCACCCCUCCGGAGAGCACGCAUCGCUACAUCUUCCUGCUCUUCAAGCAGCCCACUCCGCUCCUCGAGAUCUCACCACCGGAAGAGCGAGCUAACUUCCAUGCAGCACAGUUUGCGAGGGACAAUGGGCUGGGAGCCCCGGUGGCAGCACUCUUCUUUAUCUGCGAGGCAGGCGACACUUAA